AGAUGCCUCACGUGGUAGCUUUCUCUAUCGGCUUAUGUGCAUUGUGCUUUGCAUAGUUGUGACAACUUCACUUUACAACAUUUUUGGACCCCUGUGUGUUGUAUGUUUAUGUUGCAGUUUUUUGUCAUUGUUUAUAAAAAUGAAAAAACAAGAAAAUGACAAGAUCACUGCCGCCGAGCAAUCUAUGUAUAGACACCGACCCGCAUCAGAGAAAACGCAGGACAUUUCCCAUAUACUGUCUAGUGUUUUCAAGGAGUUAUAUACCUUGGAUGUGCUUGGAAAAGACACUGUUGCAAAUUUGGUGAAGUCACGUGGAAGCAAUAACCAGUACCACGAGAGAUAUGUAGAGGAGCUACAAAAGAUUCACACAGAGUAUAAUCAGCGAGUAUCAGAAGCUGACAUGGUGGAAAAACAUAUAAUUCAGGCUCGUGCCCAAGCAACUGCUGAAGAAGAGAGGGCUCUGAACAAGAUGAUAGAGGAAGUUGGGGAUAAAUACUAUUCCCUUGGACUACCUCCAGUGGAGUCUACUUUCAGAUGGUGUGUGGAUAGUACUUUACUGAGAAAGCAUAAUUUAAUCUGUCCAGAUGAUUAUAUUACACAGCCAGCAUUUCUGACAAACGCACCAAAAGGAAAGCCAGAACCCCACUACACCUACCCAACUUUUAACUUUAAACAGCACACGGAUAGGAGCUCAGAGGAAUCCGUACUAUCAAUAAAAACUGCUGAAAGUCUGUUAGCAGAAUCUGAAUCUACUCUAACUUUGUCCUCAAAUCCUGAGGUCAAGUGCAGUAAGCAAACAUCAAAGAAGUCUAAUUUACCAAAGAAGUCUGUCUGGAAAGAGGAAAUGUCAACAGAAGACAGGGUUCAAGAUCGUGCUUAUCUGGCAAUGUUGGAGGAACGGCAUAAUUUUCUGAAGAACCCACGUUUUUUGCCACCUAAUGACCCUCGUGGUGGAAAAUCCCUCAUUAUUCCUCAAAAUAAAAUAGAAAAAGUGAUUGCUGGGAGAAAGAUGAAAGCAGAAAUACAUGGUCCUUAUGAGCCAAUUCCUGUUUUUGUUCCAUAUCCUUCAAUUGUUUUCUUUACGGGAUACCAAGUAGGACAGAUAUAUGAGACAGUAGUAGAACUACGAAAUGUUACUUCUGCUAGUCAUCACAUUCGAAUUAUCCCACCAUCUACUCCAUACUUUUCUAUUGGUUUAGGAAGGUUUCCAGGGAAGGGGGGAAUUGUGGCUCCUGGAAUGAGCUGCCACUAUACAGUUCGGUUUGCUCCCGAUUCACUAAUGGACUAUGAAGAUUUUAUACUUGUGGAGACACAGGCUCUUUACCCUCUUGCGAUCCCAGUUGAAGCCAGGAGACCUCCCCCCAUAUUAACUUUACCAAGAGUUUUAGAGUGUGGUCCAUGUCUUGUUGGUGGCAUGAAGAUUACUGAGUACCUUUGCCUUAAUGAAGGAUUUAGUACAGGAAAGUUCUGUAUUAUGCCUAAGAAGGCCUGGCCAACAGCAAACUUCAGGGGUGUAGCAGGUCCUGGCUUUGUGGAGCAGUCUCCUUUUAUAAUCAAUCCUACAAUAUUUGAACUGUACCCAGGUCAAGCCAUAUUUGUUGAAGUUGCUUUCUUCCCAUUCGCUGAAGAGAAUUUUACUGAGACCUUUACUAUUGUGUGCGACAACUGCCAAGUGAAGGAUGUCACUGUUACAGGUCUUGGACAACUUGUAGCGUUAGAGCUUGUUUCAGUCACUGAGGGAGAACAUAUUCCUGAACCUGGAGAACUGACUGAUCUAACAGCAGAACACUUUAUAUGCUUUGAGUCACUGAACCCACAUGCUGUGACACAGAAAUCACUGGUUAUAAGAAAUACAACCCAUGUUGAGUUGCCAUUCCAUUGGCAGAUAAUGAAGCCUAAUUUGCAACAUCUGAUGCCUGAAGAACCCAUAAAUCCUGCUAGUAUUCAGUUCAUCUGGGAUGCAGAAUCAGCAUUCAGUGUUAUUCCUUCAGAGGGGAGUCUUCAGCCGCAUUCUGAGCAUGAGUUCCAGCUUUGUUACUCUCCUCUUGAGCUGAAUGAUUAUCACAGUGUACUGCACCUGGUACUAAGAGAUAUUCCAGAACCACAAGCCUCAGAAAGCAAAACUGAUUCUGAAAAAGAGAAACAGAUGAUCAUUGCAGAAAAAGGGCCUUCUAUACGUGAUGUAAUUGUGAUGGAAAUUGAUGUUAAAGGCUCUACGGAGUCCUUCAAUGUCCUGCUGGAACCCUAUGCCAUUCUUUUUGCUGGUGAAAACAUCACUAGAACAACAAUAAGAAGACAAUUCAAGAUGUUGAAUAACAGCAAAUCAGCCAUUUCUUACAAGUGGGAUAGAAUUGUCGACUGUCAUAUAAUGGAAGUGCAGCCCCAUAGUGGAACUAUUGACUCAAAGACGAGUAUGGAGUUUGAAUUAUGUUUAACUGGUGGAAAAUCUGAGUCUGCCAUCUUUGAUCUUCACUGUUACAUAGAGCAUCAAGACGACCUAGUCACACUUCAUGUUGAAGCUGCAUUUAAGGGCCCUGUGGUUUCUAUAGACAUCCCAUCUCUACAUUUGGGUUUGUUGAAACUGGGAGACAGUGUCCAGAGUACCAUCUGCAUUAAAAACUAUAGUCAGCUCUCUGCUCAGUGGAUUAUGCAGGAAAGUCUGGCAUGCCUAAGAGAAAGAGAUGAAGAGGUUUCUCAGUUUUUGAUUAAUCCAUCCAGUGGAGAACUACCUCCUCUUAGCACAUGCAACUUGUCAAUUCUCUUCAAGCCCCUGAAGUGCCAAAGCCUUGAAACUGUUUUGGAACUGAAGAUUGAAAGUGCAGAAAGCAGUUAUCUGACCGUUCAGGCUGAGGUUCAAAACCCUCAGGUGUGCCUUCUUUCCAGCCAGCUAGCUUUUGGUGAAGUGUAUGUUGGUAUUCCAGUACAGGGUACAGCAAAAUUAUUCAACCAGACAUCAUUACCAGCCAACUAUAGUUGGAUAGAGAUACAAAAGAAUGACUUAACUCAGUGUACAGUGACUGUCUCACCUUCCUGUGGGACCUUGAGGCCAAAUGAGGAAUUGGAGCUAUAUGUGGAAUUCACAGCCUUUGUUGUGAAUGACUUUACUGAUGUUGCCAUCUUUUGUACUGUUGAUGGUAUGCAGGAACCUCUGAUCUUAGGCAUACUAGCAGAAGUAAAAGGCCUCUUAGUUACUUAUUCUUUACCUCAUCAGCAAGAUAUAGAAAGUGAAGUACAAGCAUCUUCUUCAGAGCUGCUUUUAGACUUUGGAUCUGAAGUCCCUCUUAGUGCCUCGGUAACCCGUCAGUUAAUACUCACCAAUCAUUCAGCAAUAUCAGCCUCAUUCUCUUUUGAAGUUGAAUAUUUUAGUGCCCCAUCAGGGCAACAAAUCAAUUGUUCUAGGGCUGUUUUGAAAAAAGGAGUUAGCAAAGCUGCAGCCAGCAAGACACAGCAAGACCGUGAGCUAUUAUUACUUUCCCAUGGAAAAGGUGCAACUUUCUGCAUUCAAACAUCCUCUGGAACUCUGUCCGCAUUCCAGGAGCAAGUUAUAGAAAUGACAGCAUAUAAUAAUAUGUGGGGUGAAUACAGUGAUCACCUGAUUUGUAAGGUUGGUGAUCUUGAGCCUACUGUUAUCCCCCUAAAAAUGAUAGUAAGAGGCUGUCCCCUCUAUUUUCAAAUGGGUGGACCUCCUAAGCAGCAAGCAAGAGGGCCUGUGGUUAGGUUUGGCACUCACAUCUCUGGUGGGGACACUGUUUCUCGAUCACUGAGAAUCAAUAACAUGAGUCCAUAUGAUAUCCGUCUGAACUGGCAGACAUACAACAAAGAGAAAGGAGAUUCACAAUUACUAGACUUGCUGGUUUCCUAUGGAGAUCCAUUUCCUAGGAAAGAUGCAGAUGGGAAUGAACUUAUUGGAUCUAUUGCGAUGUCUACAGGGUGCAAAUACCAGAUGUCAGACUGGGAUAAAAUCCCUUCAUCUUCUAGUGUUACCACCUCAACAUCUCUUCAAACCGAUUAUUAUUUCAGAGAAGAAGCUGAAAGCGCUAAUGAAGGAGACAAUGAAGUGCAGACUGGAAUGAAACUUAUUUCUGUGAAUUUGAAAGUGCAUGAAGGGAUUGCCUCGGAUUAUCCAUACUGUGUGACUCCUGAACAGACAGUGAUUCCAGCACAGGGUAGUGCCACAAUACAUGUGUCAUUUACCCCUCUUACUCUUUCUGGGGAAGCAGUUAAAGUUGAAUGUUUAGGUUAUGCACUUGGCUUCAUGAGCCUGGAUCACAAGCUUGCAGUGGGUAUACCUGGGAAGGUAAAACGUUUGCAAGGAUAUGCGGUACUGCCACUGAGACUGGACCUUCAGGCAUUUGUGAAGCCCGCUCUGUUAACUGUAGAAAUGGAUGAUGAAGAUGAAGGGAUGGUCUUUUACUCUGCAGCAAGUGACCUAAUAUCAAAUAACCCUCAAUCAAAAGUAAAGAAACAGUCUGUGACAGCUCGAAGCAUGAAGGUGACUAAUUCAACAGAAACCCCUCUCUAUUUUCGGACUAUUGUGACAAGUCCAUUUGGUGUGCAUGUUGCAGGUCCCAAGAGUAGCCCAAUAACAGCUCAGACGGACAGUGAAGAUCAGAGCAGGUUUCUCGUGCUACAACCUCUGCAACAUUUGCAGGUGAAGGUAUCAUUUUGUCUUUCUUUGGAUUUACUAACAUACCAGCAUCAGCCCAGUGAUAGCCUACCAUCUGGAGUACAGCUACUGCAGUCUGAGAAUGGAGAGAAGAAACUGGAAUUUAAGCAGCAGCUGGUCAUUGAAUACAGCAAUAAGUCCAGACAGAUGUUGCCCCUUUGCGCCUACCUUACAGUACCAGCUUUGCAACUCUCCUGUGACACUGUUGAUUUUGGCACUUGUUAUGUUGGACAGACACAUGUUAAAGAGGCUUUCCUAAUGAACAGAAGUGGUUCAGAUAGUUACUGGUCAGUGCAGUACGAAAACUGCACUAAUGACUCAAAUGCAUUUUCUGUGUCUCCAAUGUGUGGCAACCUUGAAGCACACGUUAUCCACAUAUCAGCUAGCAGACAACCUCUUCAGAUCAGUUUCACUGCAAGAGACAGCAAAGAGUAUGAGGCAACACUGAUAGUGAAUGGAAUGUUAGGAGAACAACCAUGUAGACUUCAUUUGAAAGGUUGUGGAUCCUACGAUGAGAAAUAUGAAAAGAUCUUAGUGCCAUACUAAAGCUCCUAUUUAUGGAAAUCAUGAAACUUGGUCCAGUCAGUCAAAUGUUAGUUAUGUGGUUUAAAUACGGAGUUACACUAUAUUCUCUGCCAUGCUUGACAUGUGUAACUUUCUGCUGGUACUGAGCCAUUUGUGUUUAGUUGUAUUUUACAUCAUUAGGCUUAGCCUAAGCACUUCACUUUCUUAUAUUUACACGUCUUAAGAAUAAUCGAUAAGUAUGUGUAUAAGCACAAACUGUAUCAAAUAUUAAAGUUCAAGUGACAUGUGCAGGCACACUGGCACAACCUACUGUGUAUAUGUUAGAGCAUACAACCUGUCAUACUGUGCUCAUCAACACUUCUAGCCAUGUAGUCUUCUUCGCUAAGUUAUCUCUUCAUCUCCUGCUGCUCUGUCUACUCACAGCUACCCCUUCAUACUGUACACUGCUGCUCUCUCCAUUAGCCAGGUUUUAGCUUUGUGUCUUACAAAGAGUGUCAGUCUGUCCUUCAGAUCAUAUCACUGUUGCGGCCACUGACUGUUACUGCUAAGAUCACAUUCUGAUGUCACUACAGUGUUGGAAUUUUCUACUUCAACUUCUCUUGAAUCUUCAAUCUACACUUCAGUUACCUUUGCAUUUAGUUCUCUUAAUACUUGGCUUUUAGUGCCUCCUUGCAUGAAGCUUUAUUUGGAGAAUAACUGUAACUUAACGACUGUAAUUUCUGAUUCCUCAAACAAAUAAAUUAAAAAGAGAAGUUUUAUAGUGCUACUUCUGGUUUCAUCUCACUGUAAUUAAGAGAAAUAAAUUUCUAGUCAAAGUACUUCAGAAGA